AUGAAUGAGGAGUUAUUCGAACAAUGCUUUUCUAAAACUUUGCCUAUGCUUGACGACAACAGCGUCAUAAUUUUAGAUAAUGCCCCAUAUCACUCACGGAAGCUUGAAAAAGUCCCAACAAGUUAUUCAAGAAAAGCCGACAUUCAAAACUGGCUCCGUUUGAAGAAACUCGAGUUUGAUGAAACAAUGCUAAAAUAUCAGAUUUUAGAUAUUGUAAAACAACGUAAGUCUCAAUACAAUAAGUACAUAGUUGAUGAAAUAGCUAAGACUCAAAAUAAAACUGUACUACGCUCGCCUCCUUAUCACUGCGAGCUCAACCCAAUUGAGCUCAUAUGGGCCGAAGCGAAGAAUUUUGUUGCCAAACAUAAUACGACCUAUAAGUUAUCUGAUGUGAAAGACCUUUUUAAUUGCGCCUUAAUGAACAUUACACCCGAGAAGUGGCAAAAAUGUAUCGAACAUGUAGUGCAAAAGGUAGAAAGCAGAAUGUGGAGGAUAGAUAAUAUUAUGGAAACGCAAGUGGAACAACUUAUUAUUCACGUAGAUGAAAAUAAUUAUGGUAGUGAUAGUUUUUCCACCUCAUCAGAAUAA